AGUUGAUUUGUCUUAAACUACGUUUUAUAUGAAGACAGGAAAGUCUAUGAAAAUAUCCAGCUUGUUUGAUAAAUGUUUUGAAAAGAAGAUGCACGUAAAGAUGUUUAGUUUUUCAUGAAGUUUGUUCUGUCUUCGUUAAACAACACUAUCGGCAUUUUUCAAAAACGAAUUCGCAAGCAUAAUGGCUGACUACCAAGGCUACUGAGAAACUUUAAACGUAACCUUCAGCUCUGCGUAACCUUCUAACUGUUUAUAAACUGGAAUUGAAAUGAUUCUGCAUCGACUUCAAAUCUAAAGAUGACCACUGAAGAUAGUUUAGUGAUUAACUUAAACAUCUUUUGUACAAACCAAAACAAGAAAGAACAGACCAAACUCGCCAUAAACAAAGAUGAAGUAAGCUCUGUUUAUCAGCUGAAAACAAAGAUACAAGAUUUAUGUAAAGCUCCAAUUUGUGACCAAAAAUUGUCCUAUUUGGACCAGCCAUUAUCUGAUCCAACGACUAAACUGAGCGAGUUAUAUUUAAGGGACGGAGACACUAUUUGUGUGGAAUUUCUUGAGAAGGUAGAUCUAGAGGAAUUUAAUGAAUGCAUUAGAAAACUCAAAGGUUUUCUUUCUUCAGCUCCUCCUUGCUCAUCUGAUGGAAAUUACAUCCAUGUACCUUUGAUCAAGAAUGUUGGCAAGAUGGAAGAUUUAUAUGCAGACAUCGCAGAACCCUUGGAAAGCCUUGAUAUGAAAUUUUCUUUAUGGAAAACAGUCCAAGUGAAAGCAAACAGACACUAUUUUGUUCAGGAGGGAGGAUUGAAAGUUUUAGUGGAAGUUCUCCAUUACUCUCAAAAGAGGUACUCUUGGAUUUGUUCAACCACUAACCCACAAGUGCAGACUGCAAUUUUAGUGGAAAAAACAAAAGGCAGUGAUUCAAGUGACGAUGAUGAUGAAGAUUAUGAAGAUGACAUAGCUUACAGAUCAGAUGAACUGGUACAAAGUUUUAAUGAAUGGCAAAUGAUUCUCUGUUCUCUUGUUCUGCAAACCUUAUGGAACUUCAUGGAGACUGGUCCAGAUACUUGGCUGGUCCUCAACAUGGAUACACUACAAAGCAUGAUUGAUUCAUACAUAAUGUCUGACAACUACAGUGGACCUUCGCCUCAUCUUGCUGUCCAUUUAAGAGAAAGUGCCCUUGGGUGUCUUUGUGGAUGUGUUGAAUAUGAUGAAAAGGCCCAGUUUCAAGUGGCAGACAAUCUUGCCAUGAUGAAGAAACUUAGUCACACCAUUGAACCUAAAGGAUUCUUUCAAAGAAAUGAGUGUCCCUUGGCGGCCAAUACCAUUUUUUAUGUGUCUUUCAAUCAACAAGCAAUCGAAAAAUUGAUCAGCUCCGGUUUUUAUGAGGAAAUUUUGGAUAAAGUACAGGCAUGGCAUCAAGAGUUUGAUUCUUCCAUCCUGGUUCUUGUAACAUGGUACUACUGUCUUCUGUUCUUAGCGAGAGUCAGAUCAUCCACACUUUGUACCAUACCUCAUAAACACAGCAACGCUAUCGACUCAGUCAUUGAGAGAUUUGUACAAGAAUAUAAUCCAAGAAGAAUCGCUGAGUAUGAAGAAAAUAAAAUGUAUGUAUGGAUGACACUGGCUCCUAUCAUACACAUGGCAUUCGCUGCUGGGCUGCCUAGAACUAGAAAAAAUACAAGACAAUUGAAAACUGACACAAAUGAAGGAUCGUUAAGUGCAAAGAAGUCAAGAUAUUCAGUAGAAAAGACUCUUCCUGAAGAGAUAGACAUGAAUAAAUUUGCUGAAAAUGACCUCAGCACAGCCUCAAUCAGUGAUUUGCACAUGGACACUGACAACAAUGCCCCACAGUUGUAUCGACAAUUCACUGGUGCGAAAGAAAUAGAGCUAGGUAAUCCAAAAACUGCAAGAUGGCCUGGCUCGUCAGCCAGCCAGAAAUUAGCCAUCUUUGCACUGCAACACACGCUUUUUUCAAGAGACAACAGGCAGUUGCUAAAAGCAGAGGGUCUUGAUUCUUAUCUUGUUUGUCUGCGGUGGCAACUUAAAUCGGGUACAGAGUACGACAAGCUGACAAAUGAACUGCUGGUAGUACGAGGGGAUGAGAUUAAAGUACCAACAUUGACAGUUAUCUGUAAAUCAGUGUUAGCCAGUAUGCAUGGGCUUGAUUCGGUGUUUAGAGUGUGAGUUGAUAAGUUGCAUAAAGUACAUACUAUAGAAAAGUUGUACAAAUUAGUGCAAAGAUUUGUAGGUCUACGGUCUACUAUAAAUUUGUGCAAUUUCCUGCAAAGUUUUUCGUGGAUAGGAUAUGCACUAAUCUGUUAAUCAGCCCAAACUAAACGUUUACUGAAAUAUUGCUGUGUACAUAUUACGAUGUUGAAACGUUUGGAUAUUUAAAAAUAGAUACAAAAAAAGGCUUUUUUACAAAGAUUUUUAAUUAAUAAAAGUAUUAAUUUUGAAGGUCAGCAGAUUCAGGUUACAAAGACACGGAAACUGAGGACAAUUUUGUGCAACAUUUUCGUUAAAAGUCUUUAAAAGAUAUCAGAGAUUCUGUUCAAAUUUGUAUACACAAACGACUUUGAAAGACACGCACCUAACAUAGGAAUGGUUGCUUAUUUUGCUAAAUACAAAUUAGCUCAAAAUAAUCCCAAACUCGUUCUUAGGGAAGAAAGUGUCCCCAAACAGAAGACCAAUGAUAUUACAGUAAAAUGUUCAGUACUAGCUGAUAAACACUUCAGGUAAUUUAUUUUAUUAACCUUAUGAACAAAACCAAUAAUAUAAAUGGUUAAAUAUUUACACUUUUAAAAAGUUUCUAGAAUAACAGGAUCAAGCACCGAUUUUUAAGUUAAAAUGUACUCAACUUGUAUCGAAAAUCAUAUUCAUAUCAAUGAUAAUUUGAGGUUUUUCUUUUACUUUUGAUAAGCUUACUUUUUUUAUAAUUUUGGACUUGAAUAUAGAGUUUCUCGCGCUAUGAUUGGUCGAGCGACUGGUGGUUCUGAGACAAUAAUCAUUGCAGGAGCAGUGAUUAUGAAGUUUUCCAAUCUUUUCCAGAUCGGUUAUCCUGAAUUUCGACUUUUUUCUGAUAUUCAAGCCUAAAAUUAUACUAAAACAAUUAUUCCCCUCAGGCUCAGUGAUUAUGGGGAUAUUUAUAUUAUGUUUAUAGUGAUAUAAAUAUUCCCACCAAUAAUCCCUUCGCCUUCGGCGAAUAAUUGUUAAAUUUAUAAUAUUCAAGGGAAUGACGUUGUUUACAACUCACAUUGAAUUAAAAUUCCAUUGAAGAAUUUGUGGAAAACGGGGCUUCCUCUUUCUGACCAAUCAAACAGCAGGAAAUUCAUCCAAUCACAACGCUUUUCCACGUGACGAUUUCCCGCCAAUAUUUCAGAUUCAAGUUAAUUUAAAAAGACUGUUUCCUUCGCCUUUAAAUAUCUAAAUGAAAACUGAAUUUGCACAAAUUAAAAAUGGAAUAAUGAUUAUUUUAUUUGAAUUUGUGCAAAUAUGUUGAAUGUAAUACGACUGUGUUGAAGUCCAGUUUUGGCCAGCCAGACAAACGGACUUAUCUGUUGGACGUCGUAUAAACAGAACUAAAAGUUUAGUGGUUUCCCACAAAUUCCAUCGUUUUCUUUUGUUUUACUUUGACUGUUACUCACUAAUUAUACAACUUUUUUCAUGUGCCAAUUAGAAUCACUCUAUCUUCAAUCUUUC